AUGGAUGGAAUAUGUUAUUAUAACGUUACGGCUAAAGUGCUGAAUUGUUUUUGUGCGGGUGACCUUUGUAAUAACGGAACAGGUCAAAAGGAAAUUCUAGCACUGCACUUAGCCAGAGGAAUCCUGAAACUAGCUAAGAAGUUCCUCAUUUGUUAUCUAUCAAGAGGAGAACCUAAUAGAGUAAUCGAGAAACCAGGAACCCAUGAAAAGCGUCUGCUGAAACAACCGUUUGCUCAAAAUAACACGUUAUCGUAA